UAACACCACUCAUUUUCCCACUCUCAUUCCAUUAUCCCCUUACACCUCAACUAAACCCUUUCUUCUUCUUCUUCUUCUUCUUCAAUGUCUUCCAUAAACUUCAACCCUUUCAGUGGAAACUGGUUCCCAUUCUCCAAACCCCCAACUCCUCUCUCUCUCCCACCUCUCAACACUAUCCUCAACCUCUCCCAUUCCCCAAAUUUCGCUUCCACAUCUCUCUCCACCCCCAAACCCUCCACCACCACCACCACCACCGCCGUCGAAGACGAUGAAUCCGGUCCAUUCACCAAAAUGGUUCAACAAUUCUUCCACGAAUGCGAAACCCUCCCCGACCACAGACACACACCACAAGUCGAAAAUAUCCUCAAGGGAAACGACCUGUUCGAAUACAGACCUAAUGCGACCGAACAAGAAUUGAAAGAAAACGAUGAGUUCAUGGAAUCAUUGAAGAACGAUCCAGUGAUAAAGAUGUUGUUGAAAGCUGAGUUAGGCAUUGAAAAGAUGAACGAAAUUGAGUUGAAGAAGAACGAGAAACCGUUUAGGAGAGAGGAUAGAGAGGUUUGGAAGAAGGUUCCGAAUGUUAUUGGGCUUGAUGGUUUGCCCAUGCCGAGAAAAGCCCAAUCGAAGUUGCUUGCGAAGAUAAAGUUUUGGGAUUUUGCUAGACAGUUUUUUUUUGGGCUUUGGGGGUUUAGACAAAGACCUUAUCCUCCUUGUAAGCCUAAUGAUGUUGCUCAAGCUAUUGGGUAUAAGAGACUUGAGACACGCUACUAUGAUUUUAUCAUGAGGAGUGGUGUAUGGUUCUAUAAGGAUCGGCUGGGUCGAACGCGAGGACCUCUGGCAUUGCAUACGCUUAAAACUGCUUGGGGUGCUGGGGUCAUUGAUAAAAACACUUUCAUUUGGGGAGAGGAUAUGGAUGAAUGGGCUCCCAUCCACAUGAUUUACGGAAUGGAGCGUGCUAUCGCAACUUGGGAAGUUCGAUUUAGUGCUUCAGCGACAGCUUUCUUUCACAAACUACAAAAAGGUAUACCACCAUGGGUUCCUCUUAAGGGAUUUGAAAAGAAGACUUAUAAGGAGCUUCAAGAAGAGGCUAUAGAAAGCAAGAGACGUGAUUUAGCAGUGUUGGAAGCUAAUGGUGGCCUUUGGCCUGGAGUUAGAAUUCCAAGUCAUGCCCUAUUUCUUUGGGCUAGUGGCACUGAACUGACCCCUACUUUGGAACAGGAUCACAUGCCCAACAAGUACAUUCCCAAAGAUCUUAGAAAGAAGCUGGCUAAACUUAUUCCAGGAUUGAGGCCAUGGGAAGUUCUGAGCAUAGAACAAGCAAUGGAUCAAAUAACAUUCAAGGGUGAAUGGUACCGUGAGCCACUUAGUUCAUACAGCACUGGUCCUCCAUUCAUCGAGACCUGGAAUGCUGAUAUGAUGAGGUUCUACGAUAUAUUUAGUGGCCUUAGCAAUGUAGCGGUUGACACAUUGUUGACGACACUUCCUGGCUUUGAUAAAAUUAAGGAAAAAGUCAUGCAGAAUUAUAAUACAAGAAUGGCGAAAUUGAGGAGAAAGCUUAAGAGAGAGGGCCGCCUUAAAGAGGAGUUGCCUGAGGAGGAAUGGCCUAAAAAUUAGAAUUCGUACAGUGCCAUUUCUUAUGUGUUUAUGCAGAUCAUAUGGUAAGACUUCAUUGUGUUUGACUAGUUCAAUUUUUUGUAACUUGAUUCACUUUGAACUGACCAUUGUAACAUCAUUACUAAAGAUGAUUUAUUUUCCAAUUUGUUGGCUAAAAUGAUGAAAAUGAAUUGGGGGGAAGUGAGUUAAUGUUUGAUUAUAUAUAGUCGCUAUUUCCUGCAAUUUUAACUCGGCCA